AUGAAGCGCAAGGCUGACGAAGAGGAGGCGUUCCAGCGAGGAGCUGCACAAGAGCCAGAGACAGGAACAGAGCGCAGGAAGCCGGCUCGGCCGAAAGGAAAGAGAAGCAAAGUGGAAGGCGAAGUGGAAGUGGUCGCUCCAGAGCCCGCAGAGCCCUGGCAGGUUCAGCGUCGCGUGAGCCGCUUGCGCACCGCUGACCUGGUGGAAGGCUCUUUGAUCAUAGGCGCCGUGCGAGACAUCACCGAAGAGGACUUGACAUUGUGCCUCGCAUACAACUUGCUCGCGUACGUGCAGCGGUCAGAGGCAAGUGAUGGCUCGCCAGAGGUCUCCCGCAAGAGCCUGGCGGAGCUGUAUCGGCCGGGGAUGCUCGUGGUUGCCGUGAUUCUGGCGGUAGGCGAGAUGAGAGGGCAGAAGCUGAGGAUCGAGGCAUCCCUGCGCCCCGCGUUGGUCAAUGCAGGUUUGACUGCAGAGCACCUCCGCAGAAACAUGUGGCUUCCGGCAGCUGUCGCCGGAGACGAGGAGCAUGUGCUCAAGCUAGAUUUUGGCGUCGGCACCUUGACCGGCCUUCUCAAGAAGAAGGAACUCGCUGGGGAGAAGAUGCCACAGUUGGGAUCUAUCCUGCUAGUGGGCGUUGUAGCCGUGACUUCGUCUGGGACAGUCCGGUGCGCGCUUGCAUGCAAAGAGCCCCUAAGCGACGAUCCCAUAGAUGCGGCCCUGCUCAAAGCCGGCUCGCUCGUCACUGCCAGGGUCCGACAAAUCCAGAUCGGAGACUCCGGAGACGGUGGACUUACGGUUACAUUCUGUGGCAUGCUGUCGGCCACCAUCCACCGCCACCAUGCCAGCCAUGCCUCGGUGCAAGAUACUUGGAAGAAGAACCAGCGCCUCGUUGCGCGAAUUCUCUCCGUGAUUCCCGGCGAGACGCCAACCGUUCAUUUGACUCUGCUUCCACAUCUGCUUGACUGGGAGCCUGAGACAUUGACGAAACACGCAGCUAUCGGCGAGUUUUUCACGGGGGAAGUGCAGGAUUUCCAGCCCAAGUAUGGCCUUCGGGUGUCCUGUGAAGGAAAGACGGGUGAGCUUUUUGGAUUUUGCUCUGCAGCCCGGCUUGGAGAUGCGACGGAGGAUGUGAAAGCGAGUUCUGUGGCAGUAGGUCACAAGAGCACUUACCGAGUACUUUCCUACAACUUCUUGGAUGGAGUGGUUACCUUGACGCGGAGACCUUCAGAUCUUGCUGAAGAUGUAAUCGUAUCAGUGUCGGAACUUGCGCCCGGCCAGCUUCUCUCCGGAAUCGUCACUCGAGUGGCAGAUCACGGUAUACAUGUCAAAAUCAGUGACUACGUGUCCGGGCACGUUCACCUUAGACAGCUUACCGACGUGCCUUUGGCCGCCGUUCCAAAGCGCUUACAAGUUGGAUCCAAAGUCAAGUGUCGGGUCCUCCACGUGCAUGCGGCCCGUCGGCAGCUUACGCUGACUGCCAAGAAGUCUCUGGUGAAAAGUGACUUUCAGCUCACGCAGAAUUCCAUGGCAAGACCUCACAUGCUGUUGAUUGGCUACAUCAGCAGCAUCCAUGACUAUGGUGCCAUCGUCAGUUUCUACGGCGGCGCCUUCGGCUUGAUCCCGACCAAAGACAUGGAGUCUGAACAAGCUCCUGCGUUGGGGAUGGCCGUUCAAUGUCGCGUUGCCUUUGUGGACGUGAAGCGUGACAGGGUGGGCCUUUCGCUGAAUCUGGAAGACGGUGUAGCAGCAUCAGAGCUUGUCCAGGAUGGGCUGACGUUUGGCGAAUUCUUGAAGCGCCAAGCUGCCGAGAAGCGGAGCAAGCGAGCCACUGUCAGUGAUGGGACAGCAUUCAAGGAUGGGAAGCCACGUAAAGAGCGAAAGGAAACCAAGCUGCCGCAAAUCAAGGAUCCUGAAAAGGAGCUCCAAGCUGGGUCUCCACUCAAGAUGAGGAUCCGCGCAACUCACGGGCUGCAGGUAUUUUGCACGGCACCGGUAGGUUUACGUGGCCACGUGCAUGCAACUCAGCUGGUAGAUCUGGAUGAUGUGGGGAGUGGAGGAACCCUUCCGCUGCAGGAUAUACCUGAGAAGGGCAUCUUGAGGACAAAACUCUUGAGAAUUCACAAACGCUCAAGGUCAUCAAGAGAAAAGGGCAAGUCUCGGAAAGGUCUAUAUCACUUGGAACUGACAUGCCGGCCAUCGCUGAUGGCACCCAAAGAUGCGACAGACUACGAAGCCGCCAUUGUACGGCGUCAGUCGCUCAUUCCCGGUUCACUUGUCGCAGCUGCCAUCUUGACCGUCCAGAAGAAUGCCUUAGUGGUAGAGGUCGCGGACGGCUUGAAGGGGCGUAUCGCCUUGCUCGACGCUUCAGCAGAUCCGUCAGUUUUGCGAUAUCCAGCCCAGCAUUUCACCCCUGGCCAAGUGUUCCAAAGCCGGGUGCUUCAGACAAACAGCUCCCACAAAACGCUCGAUUUGUCCUUGCUCCAGCUAAAGCAGUCUCCUGUUCUUGGCCGCCUCCAGAAGAUUCAUGACCCCAUUACCACAGGUGUUGCGGCAGAUUUAGAGCUCCCGAACAGAUGCUGGGGCACCGUGCACAUCACAGAAGUCUUCGAUGUUUGGACCCAGCAUCCGGCGAAGAGGCUCAGCUUGGGCUCCUUUUACGAGGUUGCAAUUCUGAGCAGCGACUUCGCACCGGGUCAACGACUGGACGUGAGCUUGCGCCCAUCUCUCGUCCAGGGCCACAAAGAGGCAGCGGAGGAAAAACGGCCUACUUCGGUUUCAGAGCUUGCCGUGGGCCGGAAGGUUUCAGGAUAUGUGGUGAGCUCUGGGCCGCGCGGUGUCUUUGUGGCUUUGAGCCGACUCCUGACUGGUCGAAUCAAGCUGAGGGCGCUCAGCGAUGUGCCUGUCAUGAAGGAGGCCAUCUCCAAGAUGUAUCCUGCAGGGAUGCUCCUGCGCGACAUGGCGGUAGCAGAGAUCGACCAAAACAACGAGAAGGUGGAGCUGUCUUUGCUUUCUACAGAAAAUGGGUUGACUGUGGGACAGCUUACGGCAGGAGACAUUGUGUCAGGCCGCGUGAAGGCUGUCGAGACGUACGGUCUCUUCAUCCGCCUCGACAACUCGAGCAUAGACGCCUUCGUGCACAAGUCUGAGAUAUCAGACUCCGCAUCCAUCGGGGUGGAGUCUUAUCCUGUCGGGACCAAGAUCUCCCAAGCAAAGAUUCUAAAGAUAGAUGGACGAAGAGUCGGCUUGACCUUGAAAGCCUCCAGCUUUACGGCUCAAGAGCUGGAGGGAGACGACUCAGUUGACGAGUUCGAGGAACUUCUCGCUUCUGCCUCAGCCGCAUCUCCAAAACAGCUUCGCAAGAGCAAGAGCAGCAAGAGGAAAGAGCUCGUCGUCAACGAGGACGAGGAGGACGAGGAGGAACCGAAGCCGAGGCAAAAGAAGCAGAGAGUUGCCAAGGCCAAGACGGAGAAGCAGGCGGAGGCGGAGGAACCCGACCUGGAGCCUUGGAAAGCGAAGGGCACGUCAACAGUGACCUCCAAUCCCGCAGCCUUCGAUUUCGCGGAGUUCAAGGUCGACUCUGGCACUUCGUCCGAUGCUGCCGAUCCGGAUCCGGACGAGGAGAACCAAACUGGCAAGCUGUCCAAGAGGCAAAAGAAAGCCAAGAAGAAGCAGGAGGAAAAAGAGCUGCGGCAGCAGGAGGAUGAGACUGCCGUUGGCAGGGAUCCAGAAAGCGUGGAGGACUUCGAGCGCAUGCUUCUAACCAAAGGAGAUACUUCGAUCCUCUGGAUUCGUUACAUGGCUUUCCACUUGAAGACCAGCGAUUUGGAGAAAGCCCGGCAAGUGGCAGAGCGGGCCGUAAAGCAUGUGGGCUUCGCCGAUGGCAAGGAACGGUUGAACGUAUGGGUCGCUUUCUUGAACCUGGAGUGUACCUUCGGCACCGACGCCUCCGCAGACCAAGUCUUCCGCCGGGCUGCAAGCCACAACGAAGCCAAGCAGGUUUACUUGCAGCUGGCAAGGAUCCACGAGCGCAACAAGAAGCCACAGCUGGCGCUGAAAGCAUAUGAAGCCUGCUCACGCAAGUUCGCCCAUUCCAAGAAGGUUUGGAUUGCUUUCCUUACUUUCCUCUAUCAGCAGGGGGACUCGGAGGGAGCCCGCAAGGUGCUACCGAAGAGCUUAGCUGCAUUGGAGAAGCGGAAGCACCCUCUCGUAGUCUCCAAAGCUGCUUUGCUUGAGUACCAGACCGGCUCGCCAGACCGCGGCCGCAGCAUCUUCGAAGGUCUUAUGGACACUUAUCCAAAGCGCACAGACUUGUGGUCCGUGUACCUGGAUGCCCACAUCAAAGCUUUCACUCCUCCCAAAGCUCCCGAUGCUGAUCGUGAUGAGAUUCGUGCAUUGUUUCGCCGCUGUUGUUCCAUGUCGCUCAAAGCUACGAAGAUGCGAUUCUUCUUCAAGCGAUGGCUGGACUUCGAAUCUCGAUGGGGCGAUGUUGAGAGUCCUCUUGCCUUGAGCGCGGUUCUCUUGAAGCUGGGCUUCAAGACGCAAGGAGCGGUGGCAUUGAAAAUGGUGGCGGGCUGGCUGGGACUCGAUGGGCCGUUGUCGAAGUUGAGUGCAUAUGAGGUUGGUGUGAGUUUCCUGCUCCUCCGGUUCGCAGAGGACCAAGGAGAGCCGGUCGUCCUAGAAGUCCUCAUAGACGAAGUGAAACAGGCGCCGGACAACCUCAAAACACUCUCAGAUUUGCAGCGGGAACUCUGCGCAAGCAAGGACAGAAUGGAAGUGUGGCAGGUGCUCAUAGCGGGGUUGCACACAUUGACUUCUCCAGAUGCCUUGUUUGAGUUGUUUCGCAACCUGGAGUCCAUGAUAUGCCGAGAGCUCGUGUCUGCUUCCGUGAUGCACUCGAGUGGAGCUUUCGGCCAGUUGGCGAGGCGCUUCGUCUUGGGUUUCAAACAGUCAAGCUUCGAAGACGUUAUCAAGUUGUACGAUGCUGUAGAAAGUUUUCGAGGCGGCAGUGAAGAGAUCUCCGCUAGCCUCAAGCUGCCGUUCAAGGCCGACUGUCGUGAGACAGCCUCAGCUGCAACCACUGCAACCACCACCGCGCAGCAGACAAUUUCAGAGUACAUGAGCAGCGUUCGAAGCAAGUUUGCAGACUCGGCUGCCUUCUUGUUGCGAUGCUUCCACGACCAGCGAUCUUCAGAAGAGAGCCAAAUUCAGCAUGCCGUCUUGGGCUUGGCCAACCUGAGCCUCGAGAUGCGAAACGUGGAGGAUGCUCUGCAAGCCUUGGAGGACAGCAUCCGGGCGGCACAGGAGAGCUCUGACUCAAACUGUCUCUGUGCAGGGAUGUAUUUGCUGAGCCAUGCCUCUGUCCUUUCCAAGAAGCCCAGCAUGGCAGCAGCGCUCCUUCGCCGAUGCCUGCACCGAUCAGAAGCUUUGGGACUCCCUCUGCUUGAGAGCCUGAGUUCAUUGGCGUUGGCACGGCUCCUGGCACUGCAGCCGAGCCUCGCCAGACCAGUUACAGAGGCCCCAAGUCAGGGUGAAAGCAUGGGCCCCGCUCUGCUUAAUGGGGCUCCUUUGGGGUCUUUGCCGUCGCGGGCUUGGGCCUUUGUAGGAAAGUCUGGUGCACGGGGUAGUGGCUUUGGGGUGUUGGCUGCUCUUUCCACACCGGGGCGUGAAGUUCUGGCGCACGUCAGCUUGGCAUCCGUCCUCUCAACUCAAGCAGGGACCUUGGAGCUGUUGCGUCCGAAAGUCCUCCUGUGCCAGGCAGGUGUUUCGAAAAGAUUCGGCCUUAGCUCUUCAGCAUCAUCUUGCCAAAUGGUGCUUGACAUCUACAAAGACCGGCUUGGUGCUGAUGAUCAUGCAUUGGCUUUCUGUCAGUUGGCGGACACAGAAGAGACGGAUGCGAUGCAGACCCUGCAGGCGCUGUCUAAGCGGCUUUCGGGUUCGAAUCGCCAGCUCUGGGUACAUGCGAUUGGCCCAAAGAUCGGCCAGCGCCUUCUGCAAAUGGGACUCACGGAAGCCUUUCCGGCGCUGCUCUUCCAGACCGCUGGUGUGGACUCGGAGGCCAAGCUCCGCUUUCAGAAGUUCAGCAAUCAGUGCCGGCUACACUCUGGCAAUCUUCUGGCAGCCAAUCAGUCUGCACGGGAGCCUUGGGAGGGGUUUGAAGGAAAGGCCUCUUCCUUGGAGCUUUGUGAGAGCCUCCUAACUUUAGGCCAACUUAGCGAAGAGACCAAUCCCGUGCAAGCCGUGGCAUCCUGUGUCCGGUGCAUGUCGCUGGCGGAUGCACGGCUCCGCCUCUUCCACGGCGAAGCAUUGCUCCGACUGGCAAAGCUGAAGCUCGAGCUGGGGGACGUCCUGGGUGCCUUGCAACUCACGGAAGAAAGCACCAGCCACGUUGUCGAAGAUGCGAGAGCCAGGGUCGCCGAGUUGGAGGCCGAGUGUUUGCUGGAACUCAGCUCCAGGCUUGGAGACUCGUCGCAACGGUCCUCGGUCUUCCAAGCUGUUCUGGAGCGCCUCUCCUUAGCCUGUGUAUCUGAGUGCCAGAGUCGGCAGAGGAGGUGCCACUACUUAAUGGCCAGGACCUGCCAUGAACUUGGGAGACAUGCGCAACGAGACCGACAUGCCCGCGAGCUUCGCAGACUCACGGAAUCUCAGAACAUGAUAUCCCCGCUUUAUCCUGCGGUUUGA